UGGUUUGAUGUCCUUGCCUCUGCCACGCUGAUCCGUCGUCCCAAGUUCCUUGAGGUGCUCCGUUCGCUCUAUGGUCCCACCUCUGCCGUUUAUGGUGGCAGACCGGAGCUUUCUAUGAUGGGCGUCAUGGGAUGCAAAAACCGCAUCGUCCUCGCCCUCGCUGAAAUUGCUGAUCUCGCAUGCUGGAAGGAUGGAUGCAGGCGUGCUGGUAGACUCAGCGUUCCUGAACUCAUCAGACGCGGGCAAGAUAUCGAAACCAUCCUGAAGUCUACCAACGACAAUGAUCACCUCCACGAGAUCAUGUCCAACAUCACAGAAACAGUCAAAUGUCUCAGGCGUGCUGAAGAUGUCAGCACAGCACGCCAUGUUGUACGCCGCGUCGUGUUCAGCAUAUGUAUAUGUGGCUGCCUGACAGAUGUCGCUGAAUACCGCGAUUAUUUCUUGCGGCGUCUGCAGGAACUGCAGACGGAGACGGUGGGGAACUGUGCUCAGGUCGCUCAACUUAUAAGAGAAGUGUGGAACAGCCGAGAACGAGGGGAGCCCGUGGACUGACGGGUAGUUAUGCAACAGGCCCAAAUGGUUCUUGUCUAAAGGCUAUUCUAUAUUGGCUUCCACUUCCUAGCUCUCUUCGUUAUUCACUAAAAGUAUUCGGCACUGUAGCGCGGCUAGUUAUUUCCCGAGGGUUUCCAUUU